AUGGAGUGGCGGCUUCACCAAGCCGAGCCUUCCAUCCUCGCGGCCACCGGCUCCGGCACCACCCCCGUCGUCUUCUUGUGCUCCUCCGCUCCAUCAGCCUCCGUCUCCCUCCUCGGGAAGCGCCCGCGCGAAGACCAAGAGCCGGCGCCAUCCUCGUUCUGGGAGGCGCAGCUGGCGCGGCCCAUGGCCUGGGGCCUCUCCCCGUCGCAGGAGGCGCAGGCGUACGUGUCCGUUGCGCAGGGCCACGUUCACCACCACGAGCUUCGCCGGAGAGCAAGAAGAUGA